GCUUAGUGUUUCCAUAUGGCGAAACGUUUGAAAGACGUUCUAUGAUAAUGGCGUCUGCAUUCGGUCACUUUGGCCGCAGAUCGCUAAAAUUUUCCAGAAGUCUACGACAUAUUCUGCAAUAUGAUCCAUGUAGUAUCGCUCAAAGAUCAGCAUCUGAAUUCAGGUUAUUCCACCUUGACAGAAAACGUGAAGCAUCAAUACCAAUCCAAAUGCCAGCCUUGUCCCCAACAAUGACAGAAGGCACCAUUGUUAAAUGGCACAAAAAAGAAGGUGACCCCAUAUCUCCCGGUGACGUGUUGUGUGAUAUCCAGACUGAUAAGGCAGUGGUUUCACUGGAUACAGAGGAAGAGGGCGUACUAGCUAAAAUACUGAAACAGGAAAACACAAAGGAUGUGCUGAUUGGAUCAUUGAUUGCGGUAAUGGUAGAGGAAGGCGAUGACUGGGAGAAUGCAGAGAUUCCAACAUCAUCAGAUUCAUCAUCAGAAUCUUCACAAUCCUCAGGCUCCUCUGAUACUGAAACAACAGCAACACCUACUGCAAGAAUUCGAAUGAGUCCUGCUGCUAGAAAACUUCUUGAGGAAUACAAUAUAUCUAGUCCACAUACAGUCCCAGCAACAGGACCUCAUGGAAUGAUUAAUAAAGGAGAUGUUCUGAAAUAUGCCCAGUCAAAGAAUUUGUCAAAAAUUGAUUUGGCAAGUGUGAAGGCCCCUCAUACAGAAAAGCCAACAUCCGCUGGUAAGACCUCAGCGGUACAGCCAGCCCAAGCAGUGCCCCGGGCACCACCCACUGUUUCAGUGUCACCAGACGGCGGCUUCCAAGACAUAGAGACCACCAGCAUGAGGAGAGUGAUUGCCCAGCGCCUCACACAAUCAAAGACGAUGAUCCCUCAUUCCUACAUGUCUAUUGAGUGUAACGUGGAUGCGGCUAUGAAUCUCAGAAAAAAAUUUAUUGAUUCUGGAACCAAAGUGUCAUUGAAUGACAUCAUUGUGAAGGCAGCAGGCUACUCACUUCAGAGGGUACCAAAAGUGAACUCCCACUGGGCGGAGGAAUCCGUUCAAGUUCAAUCGUCGGUAGACAUCUCAGUUGCUGUGGCAACAGACAGUGGCCUCAUCACUCCAAUCAUCAGGAAUGCUGUCAACCUAAGCAUAUCUCAAAUCUCUACCACCACCAAGGAACUUGCUGUGAAAGCCAGAGAGGGAAAGUUACAGUUACAGGAAUUUCAGGGAGGGUCUUUCACAAUAUCCAACCUGGGCAUGUUUGGAAUUGGAGAAUUCUCAGCCAUCAUUAACCCGCCACAAACUGCUGUGCUAGCUGUUGGAACUUCAGAGCUAAAACCCUCUGUGGAGGGAAAGCCACACUCGUAUCUGACUGUGAAAAUGUCAUAUGACAGUCGUGCAAUAGAUGAGAGUGAAGCCUCCGAGUUCCUGGAGAAAUUUCAGAGUGUGUUGGAAAACCCUUCCACCCUUUUAGUUUGAAAGUGAUGAAACACACUUCCUUACCUUUAAAAUAUGUAUGGCUAUACUAUUUAAUUGCAAGUGCUUAAGAUGUUGUAUGAUCGUGGGGUGCAUUUAUUUUUUGUGAGAUAGUGAAUAUUUAAUAAAAAAUAUAUUUGUUGUUGAAAAUGUUUCAUGGAUAAAUGGAGGAUUUAUCUCACAUUGUUAUCAAGCUGUAAAUACUUUUAGGAACCAAAAUAAAUUACUGUAUGAACAUAGA